AAUAGCAAUAUAUUCCCCAAGACUCAUACAGCGCCGGAACUAUCCUAGCAAAUUAUAUAUAUAUAUAAUAGAGGAUCCCCGCGUCAAGGGAAAUACUGAAAAGUAACGAUGGAGUCUGCUACCUCUUCUAAGCGGCAACGAGUUGGUAGUGUACAACGUGCGGCGAGGGAUACAGAGGAUGAGGAGGAAGAGAAGAUGUUUGAUGUACGGAGUGUGAACAAAGAUUUGGAUAUUGAUUCCAAAAUAGCUGCUCUCAAGGUUUCUCUGUCUGUUGUGUGCCUCUUGUCCCGCACAGGUGGUAAGAAUUUAUGUAGAUGCUCGGGGACGGUCGUAGAAUGUGAGCGCAAACAAGAGAGUGGUGGCGGGGGUGGCGGCGGUGAAUUUGUUGCUACCAUCCUCACUUCUGCUAACCUUCUCAGAUUUCCUUCUUAUUCUAGAUAUACUUUUUUGGCCCCUGACAUCACCGUUGAGGUUUAUUUAUCAAAGGGCAAGCCAUUGAAGGGACAAGUUCUUGGGUAUGAUUUCCACUACAACCUUGCCAUCAUUCAAAUCACAACCGACUAUCCCCUUCCUACAGCAAUUCUCACAGACAUAGAUGUUUCGAUGCCUCUAACUCCUACACCUCUGCUCACUGAUUCAAAACCAUUUGGCCUUCGUCCUCAUACGGUAGAUUCAAGUUUGUUUAAGCUCCGUGGCGGUGACAAGGUAAUAGCCUUGGCCCGAACUCUUACCUGCCAAUGUCUUCUAGUUGAAUCUGGCACGUUAAGUAUCUAUAAGAGCAGCGGGCUUCAUUGUCAAGAGCUCCUCUACACUUCUUGCAAGACUACUCAAGUUUAUAUUGGUGGGCCUCUUAUAAAUUGUGAUGGAGAGGUCAUUGGGAUUGUUUUUCAUUAUGAUGGCUAUGCUGCUUUUUUGCCCAUCAACAUAGCUUCUAGAUGCUUGCAGCUUUUAAAGAGAGACAGGGGAGUCUGUCAUCCUUGGUUGGGGAUGACUCUGACCAAUUCUUACGCUGCCAAGGCAUCUGUUUUGGAGGAAAUAAUACAAAAGUUCCCUCAUAUCAGCAAUGGAAUUAUAGUUAAAGACGUAAUGAAAGGGUCUCCUGCAGCACAUGCUGGAAUAGUCUCCAAAGACAUUAUAGUGGAAUGUGAUGGAGAAGUUGUUAAAUGUUCCUUAGAGUUUUGUAGAAAGGUGUGGAAUAGGGCUAGCCAAUCCGUGGAAGUGGUUGUGAUGAGACCAAGUUCCAGCAAGCCUGUGAAGCUAACUAUGGUUGUUGAUGAGUUAAAACCUGCUAGCUAUAACUGUUGGCCAGUUCCCGCAGAUAAAGAGUAUGCUGCAGUUAUAUGGAGAUCAAUUGAUUUAGCAGCGCAAAGAGCUACCACGUGGCUCGAUACUUAAUGUGUCGGAUUGUUUCUCUGCAAGUAUCACAAGGCGGGGCGCUGCUCCAUCAGAUGUUUAUAACUUUAGAAGGAGAAACUAUCUGGUUUACUUGCUAAAAUACGUGUUUAUUAUUUUUGACACAUCUCAAGCAAAAAAGCAAAGUACAUUUUUCAUGAUUUAAGUGUGGCAAUCCGGGGCUUGGGGUGUUUUGUGACUGCAUGUCUAGGACAAGAUGGAUGUUUUGUUAUGUUUUCACUAUAAACAACCAGAAAACACCUUAAAUUUGGUGAUGUUUUGUUAUUGUGAAGAUUAUUGAAGUAGAUCAUAGAUGGUUACUUCUUAAA